UACUUACUUCCGGGUGGCAAAACCUUGACUUUUUCGAUGGCAUCAGUCAUCAACAAGCACUUUAAUGUCAUUUUAACCAAUGCCGAAUGAUUGGGAAAUAGUGUAAUGACAUAAAGGACGAUCUUAGUAUUAAUUUUUGUUCACGCAGCUCUUUAACAGUGUGAAGUAUAAGUUAAAAAAGACGAUUUUGUAAGAGGUAAAUUGCUUCAAAGCGACAAAUGCUAAAUGUACUUUACAUUUCAACAGGCAUACUCCAUUUGACAUGGAAUUAACUGCAUGCAGAUGACGUUAGCAGGCUGGCUAGCCAAGAUAUGUUGCUAAAUUAAUCAAACACAACUCAACAAAUCUAGUAAGGAGUCAGUACACACAGCACAGGCUUUCCAGAGUACCACCAACAAAAAUGAAAACCAACAGGAAUAAGGAGCUCCGACGUUGAUGAUCAUUUUACCUCAAUUAAGCGACGCAGCUGGGUUGCUCUGUAAGAUGAAGAAAUUAUUUGCCAGCUUCUCCAGCAAGAUACGAAGACCAAGCGAUGCUUCAGACCGUGGCGGCAAACUCACUGUUGGCUACAAGAACUGCACUUCACCUUGCCUGUGCCAACGGACAAGUUGGGGUGGUGAGUUUCCUCCUAGCGAAAAAAGCCAAGAUCAACCUACGCGACAACCAAAGUAGGACCGCCUUGAUGAAGUUCCUUUCAUUUUACCAGGCAGUGCAGUGCGAUAAUGAUCUCUGCGUGAGCAUUCUGCUGGAGAACAAUGCCGAUCCCGACCUGACAGAUGCGGACGGAAACACCGCGUUACAUUUGGCCUCAAAAAUCCCGUCAAUAUCCUGCGUCAUCUUACUCGCCAAGAAGGACGCUGACCUCAACGCGAAAAAUCUGAAAGGCCUUUCACCCUUGAUAAUGGCAGUCCGAGGAAACCACAUGGCAGUGACUGAGUUGCUGUUGAAGAAAGGUGCUGAUGUUAAUAUUUCAGACAGACACCAGAGGACACCAUUAAUCAUAGCUGCUGGCAAUGGACAAAUGGACAUGGUGCAAAUGCUCUUAUGGUUCAAAGCAGAUAUCACCCUGAGAGACGACAGAGGACUAUCAGCCGAGGAACACGCUGUGACAAAUGGCCAUCGUCCCUGUGCGCUUAUUAUUACUGAACACGCUGCCAAAGGGAACCCAGCACCCUCCCUGUCUCCUCCAGUUGGAUGUGAAGAGACUGCAAAGUCAGAACAAGGCAACCCCACUGGAGUCCUCGAAACCUCUGGAGGACCAUCCACUAGCAAAGAUGCCAUCCGUUCACCUAUCGCUGAAUGUGUUACUACCAAAGGUGGUCACGACACAAAAGAGGAACUUCAACCAAAAGAGACAGAUAUGAACAAAUGGGGACUCCUUUUGAGCAAAUGUGAAGAAGAGAGCCUCGAAAAGAUUGAAUUGUUAGACAAUCUUGGUUUUGGAAAAUUUGUCUGUAAUGAAGACACGUCAGACACGGACAAAUCUAUCAACAGCAGUAAUGGAAGUCUGCCUGGAUGCAAAGAGGAAUUUAAGGCUGAAGAAUUCCCAAAAUGUCUCAGUCCUUCUCUUGAAGAAGAGCUAGUAGUUGUGUCUCCAAAAGUGGCUUUUGCGCUUCCAAUAACAAUCAGCUCAGAUGACAAAAAGGUCAGCGAAUCUCCUACUCCACCUGUACAUCCCCAUGCCUCAAAUGUGAUUCUUCAAGAGAGUGAAGAAUCAGAUUGGGACCAAGACAGUUUGAUUUCAUUUUGCAACGAGACCAAAACAGACAAACAGCAAGCUAGAGAAGCAGGUAAAGAAGGCUCUCCUGAAGUCUCAACGGCAAGUGACGGCAAAAGUAGUUUUCAUUCUGACAAGCAGAAACAAAAGGAGACAGUUCCACCUGAGACCUGUGACGAGAAGCAUAGCGAAGAAGAGGAGGAGCAAUCUGUGUUAAGUAAUGUUGUCCAAAGUUUGAAGGAGAUACUUGGGUUGUCCAAAUUAGGAGGUGUUAAUGAAGAAAGUCAGAGCGUCUCUACCUCAGCUGAGCAACAGUCAGGCAAUGAAGACUUUGGGCAGUCCAUUGUGUCGUCCGUUCAUUCAGUUCAUGAGCCUCCCCAGUGGGAGUUUGGAUCAGAAGAUUGUGUGGCGGAGCCCGCUGACAAUUCCCUCAAAGAGGAAAAGAUGGAAGACUCUCAAUUCCCCACUAGUGACAACAUCGCGCUUCCAAUAGCAGAAUUACCCUCUGAUGAGGCACCACAUUCACUUACAGUGAAGAAGGAGAGCUGCGUAGAUUCUGCUCCCACAGUUUCCACCGCUGCUCACGACGCGCCCGACGUGACCGAAGCUGAGCAGAGUCACCAGCUUAACCUGGAAGAACCGGAAGGGCCCCCGGAGAUUCUUAAGACAAUGGAGGCUUCCUGUGAUGCAGAUGAAAGGGCAUCAGAGGCGCUUUCAAAUGAGCAACCUGAGGCCAUCUUAGUGAAUGAAACUGGACCCUCUCAAAACUUACGGAAACCUUUCACCUCUCAAAGGCUGGAAUCACAAGUUGCGCAUCAUCUCUCCUUCAACAUCAGACCUGAUGGCCAGUCAGAGGAAAGCUCACAGCUUACUGCGGUCAGUGAAGCAUGCGGCCUCAGAAUCCUUCAGAGCAACGGCGGAAUCAGCAGAGAUCGCUUUGUGUUUGACAGCACUUUAAGUGAUUUGUCGGAAGACGAUGAAAGGUGGCGAUCAGCAGAAUGGCUGAAAAAAACACGAAACACUGUCCUGAACACUGACGACAGCGAGCUAUCGGAAGAUACAGAUGGCCUAAUUUCAGACGACUCUGAUGUUGCCCUCCAAUUCGAUAACUUGGGCACAGUCGCUCCAGCCUCCAGAAGUAAGAAGAAGCUGCAAGACAUAAUCAACGAGAUCCGGUUGCUGAAAGCGAAAGGACAUGUUGGCCCUGUCGGAGAGAGGUUGAGACAACUGGAAAUUGAUAAUCGUGUCUUGGAGCAAACCAACGUAGAGUUGCAAACUGAUGUCACAAACCUCACAGUUAAGAUGGAAAUGGCCCUUAAAAAGAUUGUGACGUAUGAAAACACCAAUAAGAAGCUUGAGGAGGACAAUCGACAGGCCCAAAUGCUUUUGAUGCAGAAUCACCAAAAAAUGAAUGAACUAAAACAGAAUGCACGAAGUCAGCUCUUCAAGCAAAAAGAGUUGGAAGAGGAGUUUAAAAGAAGCAAAAGUAACGAGGAGCAACUGAGAGCAGAACUUGAGGACUUGCGGGCCGACACCACCAUCAAACAGAGAGACCUUUCAGAGGAGAAUGAGGCCCUCAAGGACCAAGUGGAAGAUCUCCGCCAAGAUCUCAAACUCAGCUGUGACAACGAGAACCAAAAUGCCUUGGAUUGGAACAAUACGAUUACCUCAUUAAAGUAUGAGCUACAACUGGCAAACGCCAGCCUGGAAACAGAGCACCAGGCUCAGGACAACUUGGUAGCCGAGAUUCAGGCCGUCCACUCCCGAUUGGCCGAUGCCGAACGAGCUCGAUCGGACGUGGAGAAAGCGCUGCUCCAAGAGAAGGAGGAACAUCAGCUGCUUAAAAGCGAAGUAUCCUGUCACCGUGAAGCGGUCAACAGAUUGUCCCAGAAGUUGUCCAAAGUGAAGGCGCACGCAAACACCAUGGAGAGCAACGUACAUCGAUAUGAGGUCCAGAUGGUUGAGAAGACCAUGCAGCUGGACACCGUGCAGCGUGAGAACGAGCAGACAGCGGCGCGCGUCAAAGAGCUGGAAACUGCUCUGCAGGCCGAAAAGGAGCUGGUUGCUCAGGCCGCAACACGACAAGAAACCACUCAGGAGCUCCUCACCCAAGCCCGGAGCGAAUGCACGUUGCUACGGAAACGUCUGGAGGAGGCCCAGAGCAAAGCUGUUGCGAACGAGAACGCUUUGACCGAUGCCAAAAAGAGUUUCAAUGAGACGUUGUUCAAGCUUCGCUCUGACUCUGAGGAAAGAGUGCAACAAGUGCAGGGAGCACAUAAGGAGCUCUCCUGUAAGACAACUGAUCUUGAAACUCUUGUUCGCAAAUUAGAACAGGAAAAAAUAGAGAGACAGACGAGUCAGAAGCAGCUGCAGCAGGAGUUAGAUGACUCAUUAAAGAAGCUAUCAAAGUCUGAAGCUUCUUUGGAAUUCAGCACACGGUAUCGCAGUGAUUUGGAAGAAGAGAAGAAUCGGCUCCUCCAAGACAUUGACAAUCUCAAAGGAAAGCUGCAGGAAAAAGAAGCCGAAUGCAUCCAGACUGAGAAACAAAUGAAGGAGCGAGCAGCCCUUUUAGAUGAAAGAGAAAAUGUACUGAGCUUUGCCACACGAAAACAGAAGGAAGCUCAGGCUGCCGUGGCCGCCUCCAAUGAUCUCGCCAAGCAACUUGAGGAGGCUGUGCAAAGAUUGGAGCUUGACAAUAUCAGGCUUGAGGCUUCUGCAAAGCAACAUUCUAACAAAUUUGAUGCGCUUCAGAAGGUGGCUCAGGAGGACGCAAGGGUGAGAGUACAAUUGGAGGACUUGGUGACAGAUCUUCAAAGCAGGAAGAUUACAUUGGAGGACCAACUCAACAAAGAGGUGCAAAAGCAUAAUGCGUUAUCUAACAGUGCCCAGGACACUCAGCUCAUGUGGGAGGAGGAGCUGAAGAGCCGCUCCAAACUAGGACUUCGUUUAGCAGAGAUGGAAAAGGAAAAAAACGAGAUGAACACCCAGGUGGUGGAAGCGGAGAAGAAGAAGACAGAGGAAAUAGCGGAGCAAAAAAGGGCUGCUGACUCCCGUCUGGAACAAGAGAUGAAGAGAAACUCAGCGCUUCAAAAGGAAAUGUACAGGUUACAAACUCUACUUAAAACUGCUAAGAGGAAGCUGCAGGAUCAGCAAAUGAGUGGAGCAGACAGAGAAAAAUUAAGUCACCGGAUUAAUGAGCUUCAGGAAGAGCUGGAAAGAGAGGUGUCUUCCCGCAGCCAGUUGGAGAGGACUAAGAGGCAGCUGGAGGACGAGGUGCUGAUUCUGAGACGGAGUCAAGGACCCUCUUUCGACGGGGGCUGCUUGGGCAUUCAGUAUAGGUGCCUCUGCUCAAAAGCCCUCAGCCCCGCGAGCGAAGGACCCAGCUGCAGCGUGGAGGAAUACCUGGCCAAGAUGCGGCAAGACCUGGACGAAGCCAUGUCAAGAGAGUUGGGAAAUCCAACUGUCAAACUGGACACGUCUCGGGGGCGCGUGUCACCUGUGAGUAGGGCGAGACAGCAGUAUGCGGAUAUGCUGAAAAAGAACCAUGAGGUGUAAACCAGUUUGGAGCAAGACAUCACAGCGGAAGGUUUGAAGAGAAGGUUUGGAUGAAAGGCCAUCUGAACCAAACCUGAACUUGACUGCUCCUGGUUGAUAUUUGGUCACAGUUGUACAGUAGUAGACUACAUGUCUAUGACUUCUACGUCUGAACUAAACAUUUUUGGAGGGCGGGAGUGGUAGAGCCAAUCCCAGCACACAUCGGACAGGAGCCGGGGUACCCACUGAACUGGUCAGCCAAUCGCUGCGCACAUGGAGACAGACAACAGUCGCACUCACAAUCACACCGAGGGGCAAUUUAGAGUCUUCAAUUAAUGCAUGUUUUUGGGAUGUGAGAGGAGACCGGCGUGUCGGGAGAAAAC